AUGUUUUUAUGGGUAUAUAUUGGGUCUAUUGUAUCAUUGAUCGUUUAUUUUUUGUUAAUACUUUACUUUGAAGCACUUUCAUAUAAAUCGAAAGCACCAGACAUCAAAACAAUAGAAUUUUUAGACAAAUUUAAGCAAGAACGCGAGAUGUUCAGGACAACGGCUUUAGAGCUUGGUAUACCGGAAAAGUUAUUCCCUGUUCAGUUUCAAUGUAACAAAGACGACGAUGUGAUCAAUGAAGAAAAUCGCGUAGAAGACAUUGUAACCGUUUAUAAAGCUCAGUGCGCGGCUAAAGAAAAAAAUCUUCCAAUUCCUUUAGUCUUUAACAAUUUAAAUGGUUCACCCCCGCAGGUGCUACCAGACAUUUUAAUCUCUAAUUUACACUACAUCUACAAUACUCACUCAGAAUCGGUGGCAAAUGGAUUGAUUGCUAUUAAUGGUUUGAGUUUAGGACUUCAAAAAGGUCAAGUAUUCGGUCUGCUCGGUCCUAACGGGGCAGGAAAAACAACUACAAUAAACGUUCUUUCAUACGAUCCUUUCUUGGAUGCUCCUCCACGCGGAGAAACAUACAUAGGCGGUAUCAACCUAAUGGAAAAUCCUAAACGAGUUUUCCCUUACUUGGGUCUUUUGCCUCAAUUUGAUGUUUUAUGGACAGAUAUUACUACGUUAGAUAAUAUUUAUGUUUUCGCGAAAAUUAAAGGUUUGAGCAAUCAGCAAACGUUGGCCGCUUCUGACGCUUUAAUCACUCGUUUAGAAUUACAAGCACAUAAAAACAAGCGGCUCAAUGCUUUGUCGGGUGGAAAUAGAAAAAGAGCAUCUGUCGUGCUUACUUUCUUAACUACGCCUCGCUGCGUACUUAUUGACGAACCUUCAUCAGGAAUUGACCCAAUUGGUAGACGUAAACUAAUGGAACUAAUUCACGAGAGAAAACACAACGCCACUAUGAUUUUAACUACACAUAGCAUGGAAGAAGCAGAAAACUUGUGUUCCAAAGUAGGAAUCAUGAUGAACGGAGAACUUCAAUGCUACAAUACGUGUUUAGCAAUUAAAAAUAAAUACGGUUCGGGCUUCCGCCUGGAAAUCGAUUUAUUGAAAGACAAGAUAAAAAGUUCUUCCGAUCUUCACAUGGUCAUUGACAAAAUUACAAAAUUCUUAAAGGAAAAGUGUAACUCGAAGUGCUAUUUGAGCAACCACGUCGGAAUCAAAUUAUUGUAUUUGUUUCCCCCAAUAAAUCAGAUGUUGCCAUAUUUAUUUGAACUGUUGGAAAAAGAAAAGUCAAAAUUGUUAAUUAAUGAAUAUUCUAUAUCUCAACCCACUCUUGAUCAAGUGUUCAAUUCUUUAUGUAAAAAGAAUAGCACAGCCAAUAACUCACAACCAUGA